AUGAACGCGGUCUUGGGGGCUGUUUUGAUCUACGUAGUCAAGGCUUUAUUGACCCGCAGAAAAUAUGCUGGAUCCUUGCCACCAGGACCCGUAGGGAAACCGAUUGUGGGUAAUAUUUCGGAUCUGCCGCCUCCGGGCGCCCAGGAUUGGAUGCAUUGGUUAAAGCACAAAGAGCUCUAUGGGCCAAUCAGCUCAGUCACUGUCUUGGGACAAACUAUUGUAAUCAUCAAUGAUAAUCAAAUCGCGGCGGAACUCUUAAACAAACGAACUGCAUUGCACUCCUCACGUCCUAAUCUGGUCUUCGCAUCCCAAAUGUCAGACUUUGAGCUCUAA